AUUAAGUUAUGGAGCAACGUCGUUGCAGUAAUCGGUCACAUCCGCCCUUUGAAAUCAACGUCCUGCAUCGUUCGUGUUAAUUCACCGGCUCGUACAGCGAAGGAAGAGACAUAUGUACACCAUGUGCAUUCGUAUUCCAUAAACGGUGUUAUCUGAAAGGCGCGCGCAGGAAGCAGUUAGAUUUUUACCGAGUGUAUCGUCGAUUGUCAAUCACUCGUGACAUUAUCGCGUUUCCGUUUGGAUGAAUUCGACGAACGCGAGUCAAGGAAAAAGUUGCUCUUCUUUGGGAAAAGACGAUUCGUCGAGGAAGCGGAGCUUUAAAUUUGAUUUCAGUAAGCAAAGAAGAAGAGUGGCAGUAUGUGGUGGAAGGUGCUGCUUUUAACCCCGUUCCUCAUUGCCAUAGGUAGCACAACCGAGUGUGUACCUCGCAGUUUCGGUGACGAUAAGAUCGUAUGCGUUUGCAAUGCGACCUAUUGCGACCGCAUAGAGGAGCCAAAAAUCCAGUCAAAUGGAAGCUUUUUCUCGUACGUCAGUAGUAAAGCUGGGCUGAGGAUGAAACCGAAAGAGGGACAAUUCGGUUCCUGCCAACAGACACUCUUCACCGAUACCUUAACCAUAGACACCACGAAGAAAUAUCAAACGAUCUUUGGUUUUGGCGGUGCCUUCACCGAUUCCGCGGGAAUAAACAUAAAAAAACUCAGCAAGGCUGCUCAAGAUAAAUUAAUUCGAACGUACUACCAUCCGACAGAAGGAAGCAGGUAUCUGCUCGGUCGUUUGGGAAUUGGAGGAACCGACUUUUCUACCCACGCUUACACGUACGACGACCACUCUAACGACACGUCACUGGAACACUUUGCACUUGCCCCAGAAGAUUACAACUAUAAAAUACCUUUCAUGAAAAAGGCCUUGGAGUUGAAUCCUGAAACGAAAUUCUUCGGUGCUACGUGGUCACCUCCGAUUUGGAUGAAAACUAAUGAUAAAUACAGUGGAUAUGGUUUCUUGAAGGAAGAGUACUAUCAACUCUACGCCAAUUACAUAUUAAAGUUUUUGGAUGCAUAUAAGGAAAAUGGUUUGAAUAUCUGGGCCAUUUCGACGGGUAACGAACCACUAAACGCUAUUGUACCCUUUGAUCCUCUAAGCGUUAUGGGAUGGACACCAAAAACCGUAGGUAAUUGGGUGGCUAACAAUUUGGGUCCUACUCUGGCCGCAUCGAAACACGACACCAAAAUUCUGGCCCUAGACGAUCAAAGAAUCGAGUUACCCUGGUUCGUUCAGCAAAUGUUUGAAAAUGAAAAAGCGAAGGAUUAUGUUUCUGGUGUAGCUGUACAUUGGUACUCGGACUUCAUUGCUUCUCCGGUCCUGUUGGAUCUAACACACGACAGCUUUCCGGAUAAAUUCAUCCUCAUGACCGAGGCGUGUGAAGGAGUUGGAAGUUCUGAAAAAGUUAUUCUUGGAUCAUGGGAACGUGGACAAAAGUAUAUAUUGAGCAUACUGGAGUAUUUAAACAAUUGGGCAGUUGGAUGGGUGGACUGGAAUUUGGCUCUAGACAAGAGUGGUGGACCAAACUACAUCAACAACAAUGUCGAUUCACCUAUUAUUGUAAAUCCCGAGACCGACGAGUUUUACAAACAACCUAUGUACUAUGCUAUCGCACAUUUCAGUAGAUUUAUUGACAGAGGGUCUGUCAGAAUUUCUAUUACCGAUACCGCCACCAUUAAAUCAGCAGCAUUUGUAACACCUUCUAACGAAGUUGUUGUUGUGCUACACAACGGAAAUCCCGUAUCGAAAAAUGUUAUUCUUAAGGAUUUAAAGAAAGGUACCAUUUGUUUGGAAUUACCUGCAAAUUCUAUGCACACUGUAAUUUAUGGACUAUAGGAAGGACUCCUUUUCCAGAGUAUCAGGAUGUAAAAAUUGGAUUUCCUGUAUAAAUUAUAAUAUUAUGUUCAACAAUAAAUAAUAAUUGCUUAGUA